CAGCUGCUGCCCAACGACCUCCGGGCGGUCGCGCCAUGGACCGCGGCGCCACGGCCACGCCGCGGCAGCCAGCCCCAGCGGCGACGAAGGAGUCCAGGGCCAAGAUGAUGGCCGAGCUGGACUCGCCGCUGCACGCCCUCGGGUUCGAGAUGGAGGAGCUCUCCCCGUCGGGGCUCGCCGGGCGCCUCCUCGUGACGCCCACCUGCUGCCAGCCGUUCAAGGUGCUGCACGGCGGCGUGUCGGCGCUGGUGGCGGAGGCGCUGGCGAGCAUGGGCGCGCACAUGGCGGCCGGGUACCGCCGCGUGGCCGGGAUGCAGCUCAGCAUCAACCACUUCCGCAGCGCCGCCCUCGGCGACACCGUCCUCGCGCGGGCCGCCCCCGUCCACGUCGGCCGCUCUACCCAGGUGUGGGAGGUAAAGCUCUGGAAGAUGGAUCCAUCCACGGGAGAGAAGGGCCUUCAGAUCGCCGAAUCCAGAGUCACGCUGCUGAGUAACCUGCCCUCGCAGGAGGAGCACAAGAACGCGGGAGAUGCCCUCAAGAAAUACGCAUCAAAACUGUAGAAAUGGGACUCUAAGAUAACCUUCUUGCAGGUUUCACGGAUCUGAGUAUCUGAUGUUGUAAAAAAACAUUGGCUAUCCUAUUUCUUAUUAAUCUCGGAAAGAGCUAAGUUUCUCGUGCUCUCUUUGGUGUA